CUGCUUUGUUUCCACGCGCACGAACCUAGAUAAAAAUUCCCCCGAUGCCCUUCCCCCUCUCCAGAAUCCCUCCUCUCCGCCUCCUGAGUCCUGAGCCACCCCGAGAUCGGCCCGGUUCCGCCGCCCGGGCCCCGGGGGACUCCCUGCCCUCCUCGAUCCGUUCGGGCGGCAGGCCGUUCGGCGACCGGCCCCGGGAAUCGAGAUGGUGUUCUACUUCAAGGCGCGGCCUGAGGCCGGCGACUACACCAUCUUCAUGGGGUUGGACAAGCACGAGAACGAGGACCUCAUCAAGUACGGCUUCCCCGAGGACAUCUGGUUUCAUGUUGAUAAGAUGUCCUCUGCACAUGUGUAUGUGAGAUUGAAUAAAGGUCAGACGAUAGAUGACAUAAGUGAAGGUCUGUUGGAAGAUUGUGCGCAGCUGGUUAAAGCUAACUCCAUUCAAGGUAAUAAAAUCAAUAACAUUGAUGUAGUUUAUACUCCAUGGUACAAUUUGAAGAAGUCCCCUUCAAUGGAUGUGGGUCAAGUUGGUUUUCACAACCCAAAAUUUGUUCGGACUGUUAAAGUAGAAAAGCGGAUCAAUGAGGUUGUGAACCGGUUGAAUAAGACGAAGGUGGAACAGAAGCCUGACUUGAAGGCUGAACGAGAGGCUGUGAGUGCUGCUGAAAAGGCAGAAAGAAAGGUGCAGCUUAGAGACAAAAAACGUAGGGAAGAGAUGGAGAGGCUUGAGAAGGAGAAGCAGGUUGAAAUCCGGAGCUACAAGGGCCUGAUGGUACAAGAGAAGAUGACUUCCAACAAGCAAAUUGCGUCUGGCAGCAAGACCUUGCAAGAACUCGAAGACGACUUCAUGUGAGAGGAGAGCAUGAUAUGUCAUGCUGAAGAGCUCUCUGAUCUGCUUCUGUCAAAGACAGGACCGGUGUCACCGGUCUGCGAGAUACUGGAUCUAAAUGACUCAUGGGCGGACCAUGACCUGUUAUGAUUCUCUUGCUCUUGUGGUGUCUGUAGGCCUCUUUAAUGUGGUGAAACAACAACAAUGCGUGCUCUACUCUAAGUGUAGUUGAUAUAUUGAUCGGUUAAUCAUCAGUCUGAAAUGAUAUUGUGAAGAACGGUAAUGUACUCAGAGGGGUAAAUUAGGAUAUUUAGAAACUAAUGAUUUUAAAAAUUUUAUCAAAUGAAUUUAUUUUAAUUUUUAUCUAAAUAUGCUUUAGAUUUA